AUGGACUGCAACCUGCGACGCGUCGUUUCCUGGUGGAUCGUCAUCUUUCAUUCAGCGUUCACCCUCACGGAAGCUCGGCUACACCGAGGCUUCCAAAAUCCGGUCAGGGCGCACGAAAAAAUCCAACCCCGGCUGUCCCCGCUCGAACGGAAGCAGAGAGUGGAGCUCGAAGCGCGGCCUCGACCCGUCGCGGUCAGGUGCCUCCCAGGCUCGAUGGAGGUCGUGGUGCGGGCUGACCUGUUUGAAUCUGGUCUGAGGGUGGACGGCGCGCAUUUGAGACUCGGUUUAAAUCCUCCGAGCGACGGCGGGGAGUGCGGAGCGGUCCCAUCAGGAGAGGACGAGUUCACCCUCUUGACCUGGCUCACCGAGUGUGGAACCAAACUCUCUUCAACAGAGGAGAUGAUCGUCUAUUCCAACGUCCUGGUCUACUCACCUGAACCCUCCUCUGAUGGGCUGCUCAGGCUGGAUGGAGCCACUAUUCCUGUUGAAUGUCACUAUGAGAGGAGAUACAUGGUGGGUAGCAGUUCUCUGUAUCCCACCUGGAUUCCUUUCAUCUCCACGACCUCCGUAGAUGGCCAGAUAGACUUCACUUUUCAAAUUAUGACUGAUGACUGGCAGUCUGACAGGGGAUCUUACACAUUUUACCUGGGUCAUCCCAUUCAUUUUGAGGUGUCUGCCGUUAUGGGUAACCACAUGCCUCUGAGAGUGUAUGUUGACCACUGUGUUGCCACAACAACUGCUGAUGCAGAGGCAACACUGAGAUACGACUUUAUAGAGAAUCAUGGGUGUCUUACUGACGCACAAUUGACAAAAUCCAACUCUCAUUUCCUACCGAGAGUCGAGGAACACAAGCUGAGGUUCCAGUUGGAUGCCUUCAACUUCUACCAAGAGCCCAGCAACGAGGUCUACAUAACCUGCCAUUUGAAAGCUGUUCUGGUCACGUUGCCAGUAAGCUCUAAAAACCGGGCCUGCUCUUUAAUCAACAACAGAUGGCAGUCCGUUGAUGGCAAUGAUCAAGCUUGUAGAAACUGUGAUUCUCCCCAGUGGGUGGAGGAACAUCAAACCACCAAACCUCCUAAAGCUACCUUGAGCACUGAAGCACGGCCCUCAACAAUGUCUAAGGAAACUUUAGCCCCCAAAAAGGCUGAAUACCGUCCAGCCAGUUACAUUAGUUUUAAUCCACUGCACAAGGGCCAGCAAGUGAAACCAUCUGAAAAACUCAUUAAAAGCAACACGGACUACAAAAGACAGCAAACCAUCCAACUGGGGCCUCUUACUGUACUGCCAAAGCAUAAAUAUGUCACCAGCGCCACGGAUUACAAAACAACAAUGUUCUUCAGCAGAUGGCAGGCAGUAACGGUUUUAAGUUUUUGUCUCCUGGACCACACGCUCCUUUAUACCAUCCUCAGAUGUGGACAAGACAUUUGUCGGAUUGACCAGAUCUGCUGCUCACACGGAAAUGCGACAGCCGUCACUUGUUGCAAGCAGAUUGUUGACCAGACUUACUACAACAUCGCCAUGGUCACCCGGAAACUUUCCGGGGUGCUCAUCAUGCUGCUGCUCUUCGCGAUAGGAUACUUUGUCCAGAGAAUGCUGUGCUCCAAAUCUAGGCAGCGCACUCCUCCACUGACCGGACACCCAACGGCUACCACAUCCCAGGAGAUGCUCAUGGAGAGCUGCACCCCGGACAGUUUGGUCGAUCCAGCUCCUUUCCCUCAACUACCCACAUACGACGAGUGUAAACGUCUCCCAACUUACGAGGAAACAGUCCGCGAAGAGAGCCAGGCAGGACCGUCGUCCACCCAGUGGACAGCUACAUCCCGGGGACGCCAAGUGAACUGA